GCCGUACAUGUCCAUUGGGACCCUGAGAGACCAGGUGAUCUACCCAGACUCUCUAAAAGACAUGCAUGACAGAGGCUACAGAGACAAGGACCUGGAGGUCAUACUAGACAUCGUUAACCUCAACCAGAUAGUGACUCGCGAGGGCGGUAAGAACCGGGGAGGGGGCAGUGAGGGAAAUACUAUCUGAGUCAGCCUAGAACAAAAGGGCUGCGUGAGUCUGACGGCAUAGUAACAGGUGCACUAUGAAAAUAGGUAGCUGAAGCCUGACAAAACUCCCAGUAACCUAUUUUUAAGCCAUUUACCCUUGAGAUGAAUGAUAUGGUUUCCAAAGGGAUUCCCAAACAACAACAGACAUACUGAAUGGGGCCCUCUUAGUUCAGCUAACACAUCCUUCCUCAAAAAGUUUCUAGAUCUCUUAUCAUACUAUGCGCUGUCUGUAGUGCAUUUGACCACUCAAUAAGUUAUUUCUGUAUUUUUCUAGUGGCAUCAGUCUAUCCCGCUGUCACGAUCGUUGAGAGACGGGUCAGACCAAGGUGCAGCGUGAUAUGCAUACAUAUUUAUUAAGACGAAUAAACACUUGACAAAAUAACAAAACAACGUAAACGUGAAGUCCUAUGGGCUAUACACACAACAAGCCAAACAGGAACAUAAACAAGAUCCCACAACCAAGGUAGGCAACAUGGCUGCCUAAGUAUGAUCCCCAAUCAGAGACAACGAGCGACAGCUGCCUCUGAUUGGGAAUCACACCCGGCCAAACAUAGAAACAUAAACCUAGAUCUACAACAUAGAAAUACAAUUAGAUAAAGAUCAGGGCGUGACAGUACCCCCCCCCAAAGGUGCGUACUCCGGCCGCACUAACCUGACUCAUUAGGGGAGGGUCCGGGUGGGCAUUCAGCCUCGGAGGCGGCUCCGGCUCCGGCUCCGGCAGUGACGACCUCUCCCUCUCUGCCUCCCCGUUGCACCCCUGGUCUGGUCUGGACCUCGGCGCGAUGCUUCCCCUCUCCUUCCUCCCACGAUGCACCAAGCCCUGUCUGGACCCUGAUGUGGGAGACCCCGAACCUGGAGAGGGGCUGACGUCUGGGCCUGGAUCGGCAAUCCUCCCGCGAUGCACCGUUCCCUGUCAGGACCCUGGUUUGGGAGGCCCCGACCCUGGAGAGGGGCUGACUUCUGGGUCUGGAGUGGAGCCGCUGACCGGAGCUGAACUGGACCCCGGUGGAGCGGACUGCCCUGGCUCCGGAGUGGAACCGCUGACCGGAGCUGGACUAGGCACCGGUGGAGCGGACUGCUCUGGCUCUGAAGUGGAGCAGCUGACCGGAGCUGAACUGGACCCCGGUGGAGCGGACUGCUCUGGCACUGGACUGGAGCAGCUGACCAGGGCAGGACUAGGCACCGGUAGAGCGGAUUGCUCUGGCACUGGACUGGAGCAGCUGACCAGAGCUGGACUCGGCCCUGGUGGAGCGGACUGCUCUGGCACUGGAGUGGAGCAGCUGACCGGAACUGGAGUGGGCACCGGUGGAGCGGACUGCUCUGGAAACAGCCGUACCGGGCUGCGGACACGCACCACUGGUCUGGUGCGAGGAGCAGGCACGGGCCUUGCCGGACUGGAGACGCGCACCACUGGUUUGGUGCGAGGAGCAGGCACGGGCUGUGCCGGGCUGGCGGCACGCACCACUGGUUUGGUGCGAGGAGCAGGUACGGGGCGUACCGGGCUGGCGACACGCACCACUGGUUUGGUGCGCGGAGCAGGUACGGGCCGUACCAGGCUGGGGAGGCGCACUGGUGACACAGUGCGUCGAACCUGAGCAGGAUAUACUGGACAGUGGAGAUGUACUGGAGGUCUGGAGUGUACAGCUGGCACAACUCGUCCUGGCUGGAUGCCCACUUUCGCACGACACGUGCGGGGCGCUGGCACAGGACGCACUGGGCUGUGAAUGCGCACUGACGACAGUGCGUAUCUCCGCAUACCUUGGUUCCUCAAUGAACACACAAUCCUUUUGUUGCCUGACCAGCUCCUCUCUCCGUGCCUCCACUACUUCCUUUUCCCUACGGGCCUCCUGCAGCGCCUCCUCUUGAAGGGAGCUCUCCUGCUCUAUUCUCCCUAUCAGCCCCUGUAAUGUGGUGGCCUCCUCUCUUAAACUGCAGAUCCGCAGGUCUUGGAGGACCUCUAAAAUAGCGGCCUCCUCCUCUACAGUCAGCCUUUUUACGGCCUCCUGCUGCCUCAUCGUCCACCCUUUUUUUAUUGGGGUUGCCCUCUCGGGUCUCCUUCAUUGUCGGCACUGUUGGCGCCGUUUCUCCUCUCCUACCCGGGCUUCUUCCUUCGCCCAGGGUCCUUUAUUGGCUAGAUUCUCCUUCAUUGCCUCCCGGUAACGGAUGGCCUCCUCCUCAGUAAUUUUCCCCCAACCGAGGAGGACAUCUACCAAGGUUACCUCCCGUUGAGUCCCAGGCAUUUGGUCCUUCUGGGCACGCUGCUUGGUCCUUGUUUGGUGGGAUCUUCUGUCACGAUCGUUGAGAGACGGGUCAGACCAAGGUGCAGCGUGAUAUGCGUACAUAUUUAUUAAGACGAAUAAACACUUGACAAAAUAACAAAACAACGAAAUCGCGAAGUCCUAUGGGCUAUACACACAACAAGCCUAACAGGAACACAAACAAGAUCCCACAACUAAGGUAGGCAACCAGGCUACUUAAGUAUGAUCCCCAAUCAGAGACAACGAGCGACAGCUGCCUCUGAUUGGGAAUCACACCCGGCCAAACAUAGAAAUAGAAACCUAGAUCUACAACAUAGAAAUACAAUAACAUAGAUCUCAACAGAAACUCACACCCUGACCCAACCAACGAGUUCUCUAGAUCAGGGCGUGACACCCGCUCCAUCACUUUGGUCUUAUUAAGGACAUGUAGAGUGUAGUUAAUUGGAGACCAGUGGUCCUGUUAUUCUCCAACAAUCAGCUCUAUUGUUGUGACCUCACUACUAAGCCUGGUCACUCUAGGUUAGAGCCAUGAAUGGCUGCUCUGUCUGUAACCACUGUGUGAAUGGUUCCUAGCCAGAGGAGAGGAUCAUUCAACUAAAAUAAUCUCCAUGAUCCAGAUUUUCCACAUGUUGGUUUCCCUCCAGAAGGAUUAUUAUUUUCCCUGUUUGUUCACAAACGCAGGCUGUAGAGACAGUGGAGUCCUGCGUUUUCCUCCUGCAUCAUUGUUCUAAAUCAGGAUUAGAAAGUAUUAGGUUUUUGGUCUUUUGAGAUAAAUAUGAAACCUAGUCAUUUAAAUGGAAAAGACACAGGAUGUCUUGCAGCGGGACAAAGAAAAUGCUUGUUUUUAAGCCUUUGAGAGAGAUAACUUUUUUUAAGUAAGUCAGUCUCCUAUCGAAUAUUCUUGAACUUUCAACUCUCUCCACAGUUGUUUCCAUGGUUAUGCUAACUUUAAACCCUUUGCGUUGGUCUUUGAGUAGCAUUUAACCUACUUAUUCCAAUGGAGAAUAAAACUGUAGUCAAUGACAGUACUUCCAAUAUUAACUGACUGUGAUGUGUGUAUGUUUGUCUGUGUGUAGGUUGGGAUGCAGAGAUGGACUGGAAGGACGUGUUGUCUGGGGGAGAGAAACAGAGAAUGGGUAUGGCUCGCAUGUUCUACAACAGGUAAGACUUGGCCUGCCAUCUUAGGCUUUCUUUAACCCUGGAUGUAUGGUUUGGAAAAACUUCAUAGUAGAUAUUUAGAGGUGCUGUUGAUUGAAUAGCCCAUAUUCCUCUCUUGUUUGAUAGUUGAUUGAUUGGUGGCUAGUUGAUUUAAUGAAUUGUUAAUUAGAAAUAUAUAAAUUACUAAAUUCCUUUUAAUUGUGUGUCAGGCCAAAGUAUGCCCUGUUGGAUGAGUGCACCAGUGCUGUCAGCAUUGACGUGGAGGGAAAGAUAUUCCAGGCUGCAAAGGAUGCUGGGAUAUCCUUACUGUCAAUCACCCACAGGCCCUCUCUCUGGUAAGAGACAGAUAUCAUAUCUGGACCAGUCUGUCCACCCCAAUUCUGAUCUUUUUUCCACUAGUUGGUAUUUUGACCAAUCACAUCUUUUCACGUCAGAUAUUUUUUUUGGAGUUGAUCUGAUUGGUCAAAAGACCAAUUAGUGAAAAAAUAUCAGAAUUGGGCUGCCUGUGUAAAUGCAGCCAUAGUGUCUCUUCCGACAGCCGCUGUGUCUCCAAUACUUAGGUGGAGCACCAUGAGUUUGGCAAGCAAGACUAGUCAGAUAGUUUCUUAAACCUCCAAUGUGUAAUAUUUCUGCCACUGUUUGUCUUGAAGCACACAGAUUCUGUACUGAACACUGUAGAACAGUUUUAAAGGAAAACUGUAUAGAAACCUUUAGAAAAAAUUAAAAGGAAAUGCAAAAAAAUGAACGCAAAACAAGUAGUAGGCUAUAAGCAAAUGCACCACUAGUUAUCACGUCAGCAGUGCUCUAUUCUGUAUUUUCUCAGAGUUAGCCUCAGGCGUUAAACAUGAUUGUAGUGCAAACACAAAUAGUACUACCACAAUAUUGUGCAAGUCUGUUCCUCUCAGGAGAUUGCUGCUGCUAGUUAGUUGCUUGUUUAACCUUAGCAGUCACGUAACCCUAUGACAUUUUACACAACAUGACAUAACAUGGCAUGACACUACAUCACGCAACAAGGCUGAGCACAGCACAAAAUAAUCACAACAAGACUGCAACCACAAUAGAACAGAACUCAUGCACCAUCACGAACACUGCAAUCAUUUUGCAUAACACAACCAUAAGGUCAAAGACAAUUGUAUACUAUUUUGAAAUAAUGUUGUGCUUGGACUGGAUAAUGAAUGAAUAAAAAAGAGAAACAUAACGCAACCAUGAAAUAAUCCCAUCCCUAACCCAUAUUAUUGUCAUACCUACAGGAAGUACCACACCCACCUGUUACAGUUUGAUGGUGAGGGAGGAUGGAGGUUCGAGCAGCUGGACACCGCUACGCGUCUCUCCCUGACCGAGGAGAAACAGCGCCUCGAGUCCUCACUUGCAGGAAUACCCAAGAUGCAACACAGACUCAACGAACUCUGCAAGAUCCUGGGAGAGGACUCAGUCCUCAAAACAGCCGACGCAGCAGAGGAG